GGCGCAGGCGGAGGAGUGGGCGGAGGCCUUGAAAAGAUUUCAGAAGCAUCGGAAGAGAAGAGCGAGAGAGGAAGUUUAUCAUCAAAAAUAAGAAGAUCCAUCCAAAACGAAGAUAAUAGGGAUCUGAUGUAAUUUAUAAAUUAUUUUCGAGAUUUUUGGACCUUAACUUUCUCCAGGAGAAAGUGAUUUGUGACUCAUAUUUAAUAAGGAUCUUGCUGGCGAUCUUAAGAAAGUGCUUUUUUUUCGUAUCUUCCGUUUUGUUUUUUAAGUAUCUUUCGCUCUUAGCAACUUUAUUUAUUUACAUUGAAGCUCAUGCUCGCUGAUUUACAAAACCAAACUUCCCAUGUUCCCACAAAUAAACAAUGAUGGGCAAUUAUUCCACUGACAAUGGCCAGACAUUAUAGGGUAACAUGCUUUGUUUAUACGUUUUCGUAGAAAAGAAAUACACACAUUGUAGAGAAUGUGAAAAUUUCAUAGAAAUUUUAGAUUAAUUAGUAAGCUGUCGAUGGGAACUUUGAUAUUUUUUUGUCUUAUUAUUAAGAACUUUGAUCUCUAAUUGAUGAUCCUUAUCAAGUUUGUUGUUGCGGAAAAUAUUAAGGAACUCUUAUCAUAUCGUAACGGCAUUUUCCGCUGUUAUAGGAUCUUAUUAUCAUUGACGUCACGGCCUGGUGGCCUUGAUCACACUUAACUACGUCAUCGCGGGUGAGUCUGGGCCAACUAAUGAGCUUUGUUCCCCGGGUUGGGACCCCUCUCUCAUCCAGGUGAUAAUUCUGUGCCUCACUGCACUGCGAAUAACAUUUUCAAUUAGUUAACUCUUCAAUUUGUUAGAAACAUCUGAUAGAAAUAUGAAAUGUGCAUAUUAUUUUUUAAGAUUUUGCAUCAAAUUUUAGAAAACUUAAAGGCUGUUAUGGUCCCUAUUUUCCUUUAAAUUGGAAUAAAUUAAUAUAUGAAAUGGACACACACCUCUGUAUUUCUUUCAGUGUGUGUUAUUUGAGAUUAUAUUUAUGCAUAUACCACCCCCAAAAACCUGCCUGUUAUCAGUCUAAGCUCUCAGAUUUCGGUUUCAAAUCCGAUUGGAUUUCGAUUUGAUUUUUUGGUAGGACUCCCAAAACAGAAAGCUGAUGUUGCUGUUGCUGCUGCCGUGUUGCUGUUGCUGCUGCUGUUGCUGUUGCUGCUGCUGUUGCUGCUGCUGCUGCUGCUGCUACUGCUGCUACUCAUCGCCGGCGGAGCUCUCAGCGAGUUCGGUUCGGUUUGGCUCGUUUGGGUUCCGUUUUUUAGAGCAGAGUCGACCAGUUGAGCUUUUGCUGCGAUCGCGUGCGGCUGGCUCGGGGUCUCGUCUCUGGGUUUUUGUCAUUGUUAUUGAUAUUGGUAGUGCUAUUGCCCGUAUCGCCGACUUUCCGCGUGUGUUUCCACAUAUCUCUCGCCGCGUCUAUAUAAGUACAUUCAGUUUAAGAUCCACAUUGAUAUCGCCACCACGGAUGCACUUAAUCGAGUGCCGUGGGCCAGAUUCCAUGUAAGAUGUCCGUGUGCGCCCUUACCCAGAAUCCACCGCCGAAUCAAAAUCCCAAGCAAAAGCAAAACGGAACUGGCCCGAGAUUACCGGCCUUGACAACGCUUAACGGCAAGGCCAAGGGCUCGGUAACGCCACCCACUCCUCCACCAUCUCCGCAGGUGAGGAUAUACGAGGACUUCGACAGGAUGAGUGCCAAGGAGGUGUACUACAAUGAGGCGGGAAAGAAAGUCACCGUGAAACUUUUACAUUUUCCGGAUGUUCCACCCGAGGAGAUAGCCAAAUUGAAGUUCGAAGAUGAUGACAAUGAUGAUGAUGAUGAGGAUGGUGAUCCGGAAGAUAAAGGUGAUGAGGCCGAUGAGGAUAGCGAUACUGGCAGGAGACCCACAUCGGCGGACAGCGAAGAUGCUGGCAGUGAAACGGAGACCCAAAAGGGUCAAAAGAUAGAGGCCAGUGGUGUUGGUGGCAUCAGCAACGCCCCAGUGCCAAGUUCGUCCAAGAAGAUAUUCCGCCGUAAGCUAUCCGGCAAUAAUAUGCAGCCAAGGAAAUGUAGUUUAGCCUUCGCCCAGGCCCAUGGAAUUCGCCAGCGUGCGGAAAAGAAGCUAUCGAUGCCCACCAUUAGCAUUACGGCCAAUUCGGGUGAUCAUGUGGCCCAUAAUUGUGGUCUUCGUUUGGGUUUGGGCAGGAAGCUAUCGCAACAGAACUCCCUGCCUUUGGGCUCACCCACUUCACCGACGCCUACGAAUCUGGGACCCCGACGAUCCCAUUCCCCCUUGGGCCAAAGUCUCUGCCCCGGCUAUAUCCAGUACUCCAAGUCACUACUAGAGGUGCCCAUGCCCAGGGAUUAUGGGUAUGCCAGCAGUGAUGAUCUCAGCUCCGAGUGGGACUCGGAUGUGUCUACCUCGGCAGCCGGUUCGGCAACGGGUUCGGGUUCCUCAUCUCAGGCCACUACUGGCAAGAAGAGUUCCGGUUGGCGGAAGAUACGCAACAUCGUUCAGUGGACGCCCUUCUUUCAGACGUACAAGAAGCAGCGCUAUCCAUGGGUCCAGCUGGCCGGACAUCAGGGCAACUUCAAGGCUGGUCCCGAACCGGGCACCGUGCUCAAGAAGUUGUGCCCCAAAGAGGAGGAGUGCUUCCAGAUCCUGAUGCAGGAUCUGCUAAGGCCCUAUGUGCCCGUUUACAAGGGUCAGGUGACCAGCGAGGAUGGUGAACUCUACCUGCAGCUCCAGGACCUGCUCAGUGACUAUGUGCAGCCGUGUGUUAUGGACUGCAAGGUAGGCGUUCGCACCUACUUGGAGGAGGAGCUGUCCAAGGCCAAGGAGAAGCCCAAGUUGCGCAAGGACAUGUACGACAAGAUGAUCCAGAUCGACAGCAAUGCCCCCACCGCCGAGGAGCAUGCGGCCAAGGCGGUGACCAAGCCCCGCUAUAUGGUCUGGCGGGAGACCAUCUCCAGCACGGCCACGUUGGGAUUCCGCAUCGAGGGUAUCAAGAAGAGCGAUGGCACCAGUUCCAAAGAUUUCAAAACGACGAAGUCACGCGAACAAAUCAAGUUGGCCUUCGUCGAGUUCCUCAGCGGUCAUCCCCAUAUUUUGCCCCGCUAUAUCCAGCGUUUGCGUGCAAUACGGGCCACUCUGUCGGUGUCGGAAUUCUUUCAGACCCACGAGGUCAUCGGCAGCUCCCUGCUCUUUGUCCACGAUCAGACCCACGCCAGUAUCUGGCUCAUUGACUUUGCCAAGACGGUGGAGUUGCCACCGCAGCUGCGUAUCGAUCAUUACUCCGCCUGGAAGGUUGGCAAUCAUGAGGAUGGCUAUCUAAUUGGUAUCAACAAUCUCAUCGAUAUAUUUGUGGAGCUGCAGGCGACCAUGGAAGCGGAGGCAUCUAUCCCAUCAACAGUUUCUGGCGGGGAUCAUCAUGAUCAUGAAAAAGAGGAGCCGGCAGAAAAUAAACCUUAAUGGGUGUUUUCUUUUUUUUAUGUUAUGAAGGAUUUUGGGGCUGGGCCCCAAGGCAAAGACAUUUUCACAUCCCGAAUCGAUUAAUCCCCAAAUUCCUAGGCUAAGUUAACUAUUUUUUUUUUGUUUUUUUUUAUAUCUACAACAGUUUGCGUACAUUUUAAUCCCUUAAGUUUAAAAUCAAAGACUGAAACCACCAUAUGCAUACAAAAAUACAUACACAUACUUUAACUAUAUGAUAUACAAGUACGUAUAUAGGAAAUAUAUAGCCUAGCCUAUAUCUGCUGCUGCUGUAGUGUAAUUUAUUUAUCCAAAAAAAAAAAAAAACAGAAUCACUUUUGGCGAAUCCUCCCGAGAGACCCGAAUAGCUGGAGAACCCUUCCGCAGGCAGUCAAAACUGUCGAUCGUCACGAUACGAAAAGCAACUAAGAACACCCAACACGCAACAAGAGCUUAGAUUAAGUUUUUAAUAUAAUGGUUACGCGACUACCUACUAAAUACUACUAAUUGUGCACUAUUAAAUACAGUUAAGCCAGAAAACCAGAA